CUAAUGUACAAGAGCCUUUUAGGGUUUUUAUUUUUCUUCUUCUUCGAGCGGCCGAAAUUGUCACCUUGGCAUCUCUCCCGAAUCUCAGGUUCUGGUACCUUUCUUUGUUUAGAGUUUAGCUUCUGCUAAGAAAGAUGGCUUCUCGUUUUUUCGCUCAGGGUGGAAGUGACAGUGAAGAUGAGAGUGAGUAUGAGGAAGAGGUCGAUGAGAUCCCAGGUGGCGAUUCUGCCAGUGGGAUUAAUUCGCGAUACCUUCCGGGUAAUGCAAGUGACAGUGACGAUUCUGAGGGGCAGAGACGCGUGGUUAGGUCAGCCAAAGAUAAGCGUUUUGAAGAGAUGACCAACACUGUAGAGCAGAUGAAGAAUGCCAUGAAGAUCAAUGACUGGGUUAGCCUGCAGGAGAACUUUGAAAAACUCAACAAACAGCUAGAAAAAGUUAUGAGGGUUACAGAGGCUGUGAAGGUUCCUACAAUGUACAUCAAAACUCUUGUGAUUUUGGAGGACUUCUUAAAUCAAACUCUGGCAAAUAAGGAAGCGAAGAAGAAGAUGAGCCCUAGCAACUCCAAGGCAUUGAACUCAAUGAAACAGAAACUGAAGAAGAACAAUAAGUUGUAUGAAGAUGCAAUUAAUAAGUAUAGGGAGUCUCCACAAAGUGAGGAAGAGAAGGAAGAGGAAGAUGAGGAAGAGGAAGAUGAGGAAGAGGAAGAUGAGUUUGAGGAUGAUGUUACGAACAUAGAGGCAGAAUCUGAAGAAGAGGAUGAGGAAUCUGCAGACAAGGGAGAUCGCUCGUGGGAGAAGAUGCUGAGCAAGAAAGAUAAGCUUAUGGAUAAGUUGUUUAUGAAAGAUCCGAAGGAUAUUACCUGGGACUCUGUCAACAAGAAGUUCAAAGAAAUUGUGGCUGCCCGUGGUAGGAAGGGAACUGGAAGAUUUGAACAGGUUGAACAGCUUACAUUCUUGACUAAGAUUGCCAAGACUCCUGCACAGAAGCUCGAGAUCUUGUUUAGUGUUAUUUCUGCACAGUUUGAUGUGAAUCCGGGUCUCAGUGGACACAUGCCAAUCAAUGUGUGGAAGAAGUGUGUGCAGAACAUGCACACCAUACUAGACAUUCUUGUCAAGUACACUAACAUUGUUGUGGAUGAUACUGUCGAACGUGAUGAGAAUGAAACUCAAAAACCAGCUGAUUACAAUGGAACGAUUCGGGUCUGGGGCAACUUGGUUGCCUUCCUAGAGAGGAUAGAUACCGAGUUUUUCAAGAGUUUGCAGUGUAUAGAUCCUCACACCCGUGAGUAUGUGGAGAGACUGAGGGACGAGCCCAUGUUUUUGGCUCUCGCCCAGAACAUCCAAGACUACUUGGUGCGGGUUGGGGAUUUUAAAGCUGCUGCCAAGGUUGCAUUAAGACGAGUUGAGCUUAUUUAUUACAAGCCACAGGAAGUUUAUGAUGCUAUGAGAAAAUUGGCCGAGUUGGUGGAAGAAGAUGAAGAAAGUGAGGAUCCCAAGGAAGAAAGUGGGCCUCCAUCUUCCUUCAUUGUCUCUCCGGAGGUUGUACCUCGCAAGCCCACCUUCCCCGAGAGUAGCCGAGCUAUGAUGGAUAUGCUUGUGUCUCUUAUCUACAAGUAUGGAGAUGAACGGACUAAAGCUCGUGCGAUGUUAUGUGAUAUAUACCACCAUGCUUUGAUGGACAGAUUUUCAACUGCUAGAGACUUGUUGCUGAUGAGUCAUCUGCAGGACAACAUUCAGCACAUGGACAUCUCGACACAGAUCCUCUUCAACAGGACCAUGGCUCAGCUCGGUCUAUGUGCUUUCCGGGUCGGAAUGAUCACUGAGGCUCACAGCUGCCUUUCUGAGCUGUACUCUGGUCAAAGGGUGAGGGAGUUGCUUGCUCAAGGUGUCUCGCAAAGUCGUUAUCACGAGAAGACCCCCGAGCAGGAAAGGAUGGAAAGGAGGCGGCAAAUGCCAUACCAUAUGCACAUAAACCUCGAGCUCCUGGAAGCUGUUCAUCUCAUCUGUGCCAUGCUACUGGAAGUCCCGAACAUGGCAGCCAACUCACAUGAGGCCAAACGCAAGGUGAUCAGCAAGAAUUUCCGUCGCUUGCUCGAGAUAAUCCAUUUUACCGGCCCCCCCGAGAACGUACGUGACCAUGUUAGGCCAGCCACUCGGGCUCUCACCCGAGGAGACUUCCAAAAGGCCUUUGACGUUUUAAACUCUCUCGAUGUCUGGAGAUUGCUCAAGAACCGGGAAACCGUCCUUGAUAUGGUCAAGGCCAGGAUCAAAGAAGAGGCCUUAAGGACUUACCUGUUCACAUACUCGACCUCGUAUGAGUCCCUGAGCCUUGACCAUCUCGCCAAGAUGUUUGAUCUAUCCGAAUCCCAAGCCCACAGCGUCGUGAGCAAGAUGAUGAUCAACGAGGAGCUACAUGCCAGCUGGGACCAGCCGAGCCGAUGUGUUGUCUUCCACGACGUGCAGCAGAACAGGUUACAGACCUUAGCCUUCCAGUUAACCGAGAAACUCUCGAUUCUCGCAGAGAGCAACGAGAGGGCAAUGGAGUCGAGGACAGGCGGUGGUGGUCUUGACCUGAACACGAGGAGACGGGACAAUAUCCAGGACUAUGCGGCUGCAGCCGCGGGAGGAGGUCUCAGCGGGAAGUGGCAAGACAACAUGUCUUACACGCAAGGAAGACAGGGAGGCAGAUCUGGGUACGGUGGAGGGAGGAUGUCUGCAAUUGGUCACCAGAGCGGCAGGGACUGGAGCGGACAGAACCGAAGAGGCGGCGGCUCAGGGAACAGGAGUAUGCAGAUGGAUGGCUCAAGCCGUAUGGUAAGUCUCAACCGAGGGAUUCGUGCUUAAGACAGAUACUGAACCCGACCGGAAGAGAAGAAACCUAAAAGAGAAAAACCUGUUUUGCUUCUGUUUUGUUCAACCUUUGUUUGUUGCUUUUUGAAUUAAUCUCAAGAGUGGUAUUUUCCUGUCGUACGAAUUGUUGAGCUUCUUGUUUUUGCUUAUGAACAUAAAACGAGAGACUAUAUGUGGGUCUUCUUCUUCCGA